ACACCUGUAUGCUCAUUACUCCGGCAUCUCGUCCCAUUCGCCGCCGCCGCGCAUCGCCGAAAUCACCAGUCUCCCACGGGUCACUUCCAACGCCUUCAUUCCUUCGUUCUCCUCUCCAAUUCUCCAAUCUGAAAAAGCCAAUUGUCAUUGCAUGUAAAGUGGGCCCACACCAAAUUUUAGGAAAUUGGAUGAGAAUUUAAACCAAGUUGGCCUUCAAAUAUUUCUUAUCUACUCUCCAUCUUAACAAACAUUCAUUUCAUUGAAGAAGAGGGAGCUAUUUAGAGAUGCAACUGUUGCAGUCAAAGAAUCCCAGAGUUAGUGGUCGGGCUAGUCUAUUUACAUUAUUGAUGGCAAGAAGAAAAGGCCAUUUCUUGAAAGGGAGAGAGAGGAUGAGGUGGCUUUAGAGUGUGAAUGAUUUUUCCAUCUAUGGAGUCCUUUUUCGCUUUUUCUUGAUUGAGAAUAAAUUGAGAGUAAUAGAUGGGAAAGUGUAUCUUAAUCAUAACAUAAAUAGGCUCUGGCUGGCAUGAAAUUUUUGGGUAUAAAGCCGCUGGUACAAGAAAAUGCACUUAGGAACGGCUACCUCCUUGCUCUCCCUCAUACGGAAAUAUGAAUUCAGCCGCCCAGCAAUUCAGCAACUCCAUUCUCAUUUGAUCUUUGCUUCCACAAGCACUUUCUCCUAUGCGACGCCGAUCAUAUUCACCAUCUGGAACUCUAUUCUCCGCCACUACUCCCUCGGGCCCAUCCCACAAGAAGCUGUCUUCCUCUUCAAGCACCUGCAGCUCAAAUUGCCGACUGGGUUCUUUUUCGACAGUUUCUCUUAUUCUUUUCUCAUUAAAGCUGCCACUAAUCUAUUUCAGCCCGUUAUUGGGAAACAAGUUCACUGCCUGACUUUAAAAUCUGGGUUUCAUUCUCAUGUUUAUGUGCAAACUGCUUUGUUAGGUAUGUAUGUUAAUUGUCACUGUCUAGUGGAAUCAUGUCAUGUGUUUCAAGAAAUGCCUGUCAGAAAUAGCGUGACUUGGAAUGCUUUUAUUACCGGGCUCAUCAGAUGGGGUGAGCUUAGCUUUGCCCGUACUGUUUUUGAUGCGAUGCCUGAGAAAAAUGUGGUUUCGUGGACGGGUGUUAUUGAUGGGUACACUCGCGUGGGGAAGUUCAAUGAAGCUUUGUUGUUGUUCCGUGAGAUGGUUGUGCGUGAGGGGAUUAAACCAAGUGAAAUAACACUCUUAACAAUUUUCCCUGCUAUUUGGAAUACUGGUUAUCUUGAAUCUUGCCAAAUGCUGCACGCUUAUGGGGUGAAAAGUGGGAUAAACUCUUUUGAUAUCCGCGUCAUGAAUUCCCUUGUUGAUGCAUACUCCAAGUGUGGGAGUAUAGGGUCUGCCUCAAAAGUUUUUUGCGACAUAGAAGAUGAGAGGAGGAAUCUUGUCACGUGGACAUCAAUCAUAUCAGGGUUUGCGAUGCAUGGGAUGGCUGAAGAAGCUUCGGAUUGUUUUCGGAUGAUGCAGAGUGCAAAUGUUAGGCCAAAUCAGAUUACACUUUUAAGUGUGCUUCAUGCUUGUAGUCAUGGUGGUUUGGUGGAUGAAGGAGUUGAAUUUUUUGCAAAGAUGGUUAAUGGCUUCGGUCUUCGACCCAACAUUAAACACUAUGGGAGCUUGAUAGACAUGUUGGGGAGAGCAGGGAGAUUAGAAGAAGCUGAAAGGAUAGCCUUGGAGGUGCCUAGUGACACCUCUAAUGUUGUUAUAUGGAGAACACUUUUGGGCGCUUGUAGUUUUCAUGGGAAUGCUGAGGUGGGACAGAGAGUUAUGCAAAAGGUUAUGGAGCUGGAGAAAACAUAUGGUGGUGAUUAUGUGCUUCUUUCCAAUAUUUUUGCCAAUGAUGGUAGGUAUAUAGAUUCAGAGGGCGUGAGGAGAUUAAUGGAUGAAGAAAAUGCUCAAAAGGUUCCUGGCCUUAGUUUUUGCUAAAUCUUAGAAAAAGGUCUUGAAAGGGGUCCCCUGGGCAAUCUUCAUGUGAAAGCAAUGGGUAAAUGACCAAAUAAGGUAACGGCUUCUCAGCCAUUUC